CAGGGAGCGAGUUUCGGCCGUCUGCUGGCUGCGUCCUGGGACGGUCUAAUAGAACUCCGAGCCAAAAGCCCUCAACGAUCCACCUCGACCAUUGAGGCAGGAAAGAGUGGCUUCGUCAGGCUCGUGGACCAUUGACGGGAUUUCCAGGGAGAUCUCUAUUGGUGGCUGAACAUGCUGGGCAUGGGUCUGUCGAGUGGUUUAGGGCCCAGGCCCUCGUGCAGGACUGCCUGUCUGCAGUCCACAUCCAGGUCUCUGCAGCCAGCCAGGUCACAUGAGCGGCGCACAUGCUUGCAGCCGCAACGCCUGGCCAGGCAGCACCGAUCGGCCAUAGUGGUGGCAGCGUCUGCCAGUAGCGGCAACCUUGGUGACAAAGAAGCGCUUGUGAAGGGCGAUGUUGGAGAUCCUGCCAAAAAAGUUCCAUCACCACUUGGCGGCGCUGCGGCUUCUGACGAGAAAGUGAAAUCGCUUCAGGACUUGCCAGCAUACCCCAGAGCUUUCGUGGUCAGACGCCUGAUUGUCUUUGUUGGAAUCGUCAUCGGGUAUGCCAGUUACUACCUGACGAGGAACAGUCUGACCUACACAGCGCCAGUCAUGGUGUCUGACCCCACCCUCGGAAUGGACAUCACCCAGAUUGGGUCGCUGACAUCGCUCUUCCCCAUCGCGUACGGCUUCUCCAAGUUUGUGAGUGGCGUGCUGGGGGCUCGCACCUCGCCCACGCUCAUGCUGGCUGGCGGCCUCAUGGCCACGGCCGCGGUCAACCUCCUGUUCGGCGCCGGCAACACCCUGCCCUGGUUCCUCACCUUCUGGGCCAUCAACGGCAUCCUCCAGGGCUUUGGCGGGCCGUGCUGCGCGCGCAUCCUGACGUCCUGGUUUGCCACCAAGGAGCGCGGCACCUACUGGGGCAUGUGGAACAUCGCCCACAACCUCGGCGGCUUUGGCGCUCCCAUCCUGGCCGGCACUGCCGCGCGCUACUAUGGCUGGAAGUGGGGCAUGUGGGCGCCCGGGCUGACAGGCUUGGUGGUGGGCCUGAUCCUGCUGUUUGUGGUGCGCGACUCGCCCGAGCAGGUGGGCUUCCCGCCAGUGGAGGUGGUGGAGAAGGCCAAGCCAAAGAAGCAGGCGGAUGGCAGCGAGGGCCCCAAGGAGAGCCUGCUGACGCUGCUGGUCAACAACGUGCUCAAGAACCCCUUCAUCUGGGGCAUGGCCCUCACCUACUUCUUCAUCUACGUCGUGCGCCAGGGCGUCACCUCCUGGUUCGUCUUCUACCUCAUCAAGGCCAAGGGAGUGGCGGAUGCCGGCUCUGCGGCGUUCCGGGUGUCAGGCCUGGAGCUGGGCGGCCUCUUUGGCAGCCUGCUGGCCGGCCGCAUAUCCGACACCCUCAUCGCGCGCGACCCCAAGGGUGGCAACUGCGGCAAGCGCGUCCAGGUGGUGAUGGCGUACACAGUGGGCAUCGCAGCCUGCCUUGCAGCCUUCUACUUCACUCCCGCCUCGUGGCCGAUCGUGCAAUGGACCACCGUCUUCUUCAUCGGUUUCUUCCUCUACGGACCUCAGAUGCUCAUCGGCCUUUGUGGUGCCGAGCUGGUGGGGCCAGAGUCUGUGGGUGCCAGUGAGGGCUUCCUGGGAUGGGUUGCCUACCUUGGCGCUGCCAAUGCCGGUAUCCCCCUGUCCAUCAUCGUCAAGAACUACGGCUGGGAGGCCUACUUUGUUGCGCUGGGCGUGGCAUGUGCCAUGGCGCUGCUGCUGCUUGCUCCCAUGAUGAACCUGAAGUCAUACGUCCAGCGUGAGGAGCUCAAGGAGAAGAGGCUCAGACUGAAGGGCGCCUGAGGGAGUCUGGUCUCAGUGCAGAGGACACUGCUGUGAAGUUCUGGGUCUGAGAUUUGGGCAAUGCAGGCAGUAGUACAGGGGUGCCCAGUCUUGUGAUCUAGUUGUCAGGAUGUGUACGAGUCCUUGAAACUUCUUGUAAGGCAGCACGUUGCGGAUGCCUCCAUGGCCUCAUCGAGGAGUGCCAGGCAUCAUUCCAGGCCUAGGAUUCUCGCAUUCAGAUCAGCGUGCAAGUGCCGCUGACUGAGAAUUAAUCAAUGUAAAGCAAUGUACGAGUUCC